GGAACUUCACGUGCCUUUUCCCAAAUAGUUCGAGGAUUACUCAAGAAACGCCACUCAAAAACAAAAACAAUGGAAUAGCAUGUAAUUGAUCCAAGAAUCGGUCUAAUGUGCACAUGUAUUUAACUAAUCGUAUUGAACAUCUCUAAAACGAUCGAACAUGUUUAAACACAAUGGUUUGAAUAAGAUUUUCCAUUUGAUUUUAAUUUACGGAGCGUUUUCUCAGGUUAAAGGCCAAACUACUUCCAUCAGUUUAGCUGGUAUUGGGUCAACUGCAUCCCAGGGUAGAGUAGAAAUCACGAGGAAUGGCGUUACUGGAACAGUGUGUGACGAUCGCUUUGAUGAUCUUGCUGCUGCAGUUGUCUGUCGACAAUUGACAUUUCAGAAUGGUGGAGUAGCUGUAUUUGAUGGAAGGUUUGGAGCUGGUAUUGGUACUAUUUGGCUUGACGACGUUACUUGUCAGGGUAACGAACUCAAUAUAGAACAAUGUACAGCCCGACCUUGGAACCAGACAAACUGUAAACACGAUGAAGAUGUUGGUGUGAUUUGUAAUGUCUCGCCUGUUGUUUCGCCGUCCGUUUUACCAGCUACAACAAGGGCACCCGCUAUACAACCAUCAAACUGCACCUCCCCGAGUCCUAAUAUUCGAUUGAUUGGACUUGCGAAUUUGAAUGGUAUAGGGUUUGUAGAGGUCCGGAGAAAUGGUGUUUGGGGAUCAAUAUGUGACGACCAAUGGGGCAAAGAAGAUGCCCAGGUGGUUUGUCGAAUGCUUUGUUAUGAUCCAAAUGUUGCCCAGGCAGGUGCACCACAAGAUAUAUAUACUCAGGUCGUCUUAAAUAAUGUCAGUUCCAAUUAUCUUCUUGAUGACGUAGAAUGUAUUGGUACAGAAACUGAUAUCGAGCAAUGUCCGAAAUCUACAGUCCACAACUGUAAUGUCAACCAAAAAGAGUUUGCCAGCGUUACAUGUGUAAAACUUGUAAAUGCACAGCCACUUGCACCGGUACCAGAACUAGAAUGUUCCGGUGGAAAAUUUUACGCACGGUUCAGUAGAAUACAAGAUAAAUAUUUGGAGGAAAAACAUUUAUCUAUAUUUUACCCAUAUACUGGACCCUGCAGUGUCGAUACACUGAAAACGACUGAUACUGUUACAAUUAUCAUACCGUACAGUGAAUGUGGAACAGUUACAACGGUGAAUACAUCUCAUAUUAUUUAUACAAAUUCAAUAAAAUAUGACUACACUAUUAUCGACAAUGAGAUUGUACGCGUCAACACAUACCGGAUUGAGGUUAGUUGCGAGUUCCCACGUGAUCUCGAUACAGACAAGGGAGUUACUCCUCUUACAGAGACUGUUACACAGAAGGCACCUGGUACAUUCACUAUAACAAUGUCAUUCUACAAUGACUCUUUCAUUACUGCAUUGAAUGGGUCUGUUCAAAUGACUCUUGGAGAAUGGUUGAAUGUUGCGCUAACUCUGGAAUCCAUAGACCCUAACUUAAAGCUUGUAGUACCCGACUGUAAAGCAACACCUACCAACGAUCCAAAUGAUCCGACAUUUUUCAACUUAUUUAGCCAAAAAUGUCAAAAUGAUCCAACUCUAGGGUUCUUCCCUCUGAACUCCACUUCAUUUGGAUUCCGCUAUCAAACGUUUAAGUUUGUUGCCUUUAGUAACGUUGUGAUCCAGUGUGACGCCAUUGUAUGUCUUGUAUCUGAGAAAAAUGCUGAGUGUGAUCGAAGUUGUAAUAGUACAAGUACAGGAAAAAGGCGGAAACGAGACGUUAGUUCUAGAGAAAUCUAUCGUGUGGUUAGUUCGCCGUUGAACUUUAUUCAACAUGGAGAUGGUGUUGUGAUUGAUAGGGGUGAUGGAUGGGAAGUCAAUUUAGUUACAACAAAGUCUCCAGCAACUUCAAGUAUGGUCACUUCGAAGGUUCCUGUUUGGUCGACUGGAACUGUCAAAACAUCAACCAAAGUGUUUCCUAUUACUCUUCCAACAAUAGAGCAAACAAAAUCACAGAAAACGUCACAGACGACAACAUCUAGACUUAUACCUUCCGAUUUACCAUCUCCGCAGAAAACUACAUCUAAAUCAAUAUCUUCCAAUUCACCGACUCUUCCUCAGAAAACAACAUCUAAACCUACACCUUCCGAUUCACCUACGCAAAAGACAACAACUCAAUCAAAACCUUCAGAUUCACCUUCUAAGAAAACAACAGUUAAGAAGCAAAACUCCUCUGUUGUAUCCUCUACGACGCCGAAAACCAUCUUUCAGCAUACUGUAGGAAUGAAAACAGUAUCCACUCCUCAUGAACUCAUAAAAAUGACGAGCUCAAAUUCACAAACGUCAUCACCAGAAAAUCAAAAACAUAUUCCUGAUCCCAACAAAUUGUAUGUUGGUGGUCUAAAUGGAAAACUGACCAUUUUAUCACAUGCGUCUUGCCAAAUGUUUUCUAUUUUUACUUUAUUGCCUUUAACAUUAUUUGCUUUAUUUAUGAUCUUGUAAUAUAACGUUUUUAAGAAAAGAAUAUUAACCUUUAAAUUCGACGUUUAAGGGAUGUUUGAAAUUUGAAUCUUGUUUGUAUUCUUUGUUUAAUGUCAAUGAUUUUAUAAACAUAAAUGUAUGACUCUUUUAAA